UUAGUAUAAGCUCAGCACUCGCAGUUAAAGGUAGAUACUUAGAUUAAGCGCUAUUAACUACAAAUAUAAUUGGGAUCGCAAAAAAAGUAUUAUACUAAACGUUAUGUAUAGAAAUCUAUUAUCUAUAAUAUUACUGGUAAAUCUAGCAGGAUGGGGCUGUACCUUUACCAUACAACCGGCAGAAUUUAAUAUAAUUGGAGAUAAAUUUACUCUAUCCAUACCGAAUGAUCCCGACAUCAAGUGGGUAUCUUUUCAUGUUAAUAUUAAUAAAGCAUUUCGUUCCUUUGAAACGGGUCAAUACACCGGUACAGCUAGUAUACCACGAAAUAAAAAGUGGACAGUUGAGUUUGACAAGAAACUGCAGGACAAUGACAUUGUCUAUGUUUGGAUGGCUGUUCAGCAUAAUCGCUUAAUAUUUCGCGAUAAAAAAGAUCCCAUUUCUGUGGAGGCUUUCAAAAGUGGUAAUCCUAAUUAUAGAAUUACUACCACGGCACCUGAUACUUCUGGUGAAACAUCAACAGAAUCGUCUACUAAACGAACAAUUGAUGUUACUUUAGAAAAUAAAAUAUGCCGUCCUACUGUUUCCGAAGUUCCCAGAUCAUUUGGUGGUCCUUAUUGUCGUGAUGAUUUAAUAUCGGAUAAUUUUGAUACUUUAAACGCGAAAUAUUGGACGAAUGAAGUACGUUUUCCACCCACCAUUGAUGAUGCUGAAUUUGUUUUAUACAAUGGUACUGCGAACGUAGAAGGUGGUAUACUGAGAAUCGAGGCCAGUUUGAACACUAAGAAUUUAAAAAAGGAUACUAUUGAUUUGGGACAUAGAUGUACCAGUAUCAAUGUUGAUAAUGAAUGUUCUCUUAUUCCUCGUGGUGUUUCCCUGUUGCCGCCUAUUAUUUCAGGACGUUUAUCAACUAAAAAUCAUUUUCGUUUCAAAUAUGGGCGCAUUGAGGUAAGAGCCAAAUUACCCAUAGGCGAUUGGCUAUUUCCCUUAAUAUCUCUACAACCCUCCACACCCGCCUAUGGUGAUCACUAUAAAUCCGGUGAAAUGCGUGUGGCCUAUGCACGUGGUAAUCAUGAAUUGAAAUGGCAAAAUAAAAAUAUUAAUGGUGGACGUUUAUUUGGUGGUGUUAUUUUAAACAAGGAUGCCGAAAUGAGACAUCAAUUUAUGAAGGAUACCACUUUGUCAAAUGGUGAACAUUUUGGUGAACAAUUUCAUUUGUAUACUUUAACUUGGAAACCAGAUGAAUUGAUUUUGACAGUGGAUGGUAAUGAAUACGGAAGGAUUAAAACUAAUUUUAAGGAAAUUGUUAAUGAACCCAUAUGGAAUAAGGGUGAAGCUAAUGCUCCCUUGGAUCAAAUGUUUUACAUUACCUUGGGUUUGGCGGCUGGUGGCAAUGGUGAUUUUCCCAAUACCGAGAACCAACCUUGGGGUAAUACUGAUCCUCGUGGCAGCUUGAAUUUCUUUAGAAAUCGUAAUAUUUGGUUCCCCACCUGGUCUCAACCUGCUCUCGAAGUGGAUUAUGUUAGAGUUUAUGCUGUUUAAAGACACAUUUCAUAUAAAAUCUGCAAUAAUAAACAUUUAUUUUUAAAAUUAUUUUAAAACGAGAGUUAUAUAAAUGGCAUUUUUUCUUAAAUAUCAAAUAGAAAA